GAUUGUGUUCUGCUCGGACUCUACAAUGGAGGUCUGGGGGAGGCUGCUCAGACUCGGCCUCAUUCUUCUAUCCAUUCCCUUCUCAGAGGCACAGAGCUGCCAGGCCAACAUGCCAGGGUUACCAGGUGUCCCCGGCAUUCCCGCGCCGGAUGGAAAGGACGGAGUAGACGGGGUGAAGGGUGACAUGGGGUCACCUGGUGUCAUUGAAGGCUGGAACAAGGAGGAACAUCGAGGGGACUCCGGGUCAGCGGGAAACCCUGGAAAGGUGGGACCUAAAGGUCCAAUGGGGCCCCCGGGGCCUUUUGGGGCAUCAGGUCAGAAAGGCAGGAAGGGGGACUCCGGGGAAUACAAGACGGAGGUCCACUCCGCCUUUGCCGUGAAGAAAACGAGCCAAGGCCUCCCCCGGAGAGAGCAACCCCUCCGCUUUGACCAGGCGCUCAUCAACGUCAACAACCAGUACAACCUCCUCACGGGGAAGUUCACCUGCCAGUACCCCGGCGUCUACUACUUCACCUACCACACCACCUCCAGGGGCAACCUCUGCAUCAACAUCCUCAGGGGCAAACCGGGCGCCAACAAGCAGAAGGUGGUGAACUUCUGUGACCAGGUCCUCAACGUCUUCCAGGUGACCACGGGGGGCGUGGUGCUGGAGGUGCAGAAAGACGAAACCGUGUGGCUGGAGACCAGUGAAAAGAACAACCUCCUGGGGGCCGACGGGGCCGACAGCAUCUUCACCGGCUUCCUCCUCUUCCCGCUCUCCUGCUCC